AAUUUUAAUUCAGAGACUAUUCUCUAUUAAUAAUACUUCCUGCCAAACUUGUCCUAAUUUUCAUGUAUCUUAUAUGGUUUAAUUCAGAAAAAAUACAGAUGCAACCAAAGUUUCAUACUUGUUGACAGAUGUAUUGUUGUUUGGACUUAUAAUCUUGGCAAGGCCUCCUAUAAAAACAAAAUGUCAGUGUCUCACCGUUACAACUACAGUGUAGCUAAAGAUGGAGAACAAAGCCAUUGUCGAUCACGCCGAGGAAUCCAGGUUGUAUCGCCAAAACAAAAUUCAAUUGAAAAGGAGACAGAAGGCCCGUUUAGCACAGAUGACGGAAGUAGUACUGUCGCCGCCGGCGGUUGGAUCAAUGUCUGUGAUUGGAAAGAGGCCUUCAAUGGAAGAUGAGGUUUCAAUUCACCCAAAUCUUUGUGCCCCAGCUAUCAAUCACGCUCGACCCCUUCAUUUCUAUGCUAUUUACGAUGGUCAUGGUGGUCCUCAGGUAUCUGCACUGUGUAAGGAGAGACUACACUUGCUUCUAGAAGAAGAGCUGAUGCGCUCUGGGAACAACGCAUACAUGAUGAAUGGUGGUAGCAGUUUAAAUAGAGAACAGCAACGAGACUGGGAAGCAGCAUGGAGAAGAGUGCUGCAAAAAUGUUUCCUACGGAUGGAUAAAAUGGCUUCCUAUAACUGCGACUGUGGUAGUUUAGGCUACUACUGUUCCUGCCCACCAAAUUCCAACUUAAGUAUGACGGGCUCCACCGCCGUCAUUGCAAUUAUAACAGACCAUAUAAUUGUCAUUGCUAAUUGCGGUGAUUCUCGCGCUGUUCUUUGCCGGGACGGAGUUGCCCUCCCACUCUCCUUCGAUCACAAGCCAGAUAGGCGGGAUGAAUUCGCUAGAAUAAAAGCACGUGGAGGACAGCUUGUUUAUUCUCGUGGAUUACGGGUUCAAGGUGUUCUAGCCAUGUCUCGGGCAAUAGGAGACAAUUAUUUGAAGCCCUAUGUCAUAUCUGAGCCAGAGAUUACCUUCCUAAAAAGGAAUAUAAGUGAUGAGUGUUUGAUUCUUGCGAGUGAUGGCUUGUGGGAUGUUGUAUCAAAUGAAAUGGCGUGUCGGGUGGCUAGAGAGUGUCUUCAAGGAGACGCAAUAUUUUCUUCGCAAAGUGAAUCAGCAGCAGCGUUGCUUACUCGGAUUGCUAUGGCACGGAAUAGCCAUGAUAACAUUAGUGUUAUUGUGGUUGAUUUGACCAGAAAUCAGUAUGGAGAAUCAAGUCCAUAGUACAACCAUACAUGUUUUAUCUUUAUACUAGGAACAAUAUGAUAGUCCAUUCUACUGGAUAUUUUCAGCUUCUUUAAUUAUUAUAUAUACACAUUAACUUUUGUCCAUUUGUCCAUAUUUCACUUCAAAUCUUAGUUGUUUUUUUCUUUCUUUUCAAUAUUGAUCAUGUUGUGCUCAAAAGGUACAAAACUUGCUAAUAUAAUAAUUGCAUUUAGCGA